AUGUCCAACGACAAUAACAAGUACCAACCUCCGCCCGGUCCGCCGCCCACGUACCCUCCGCAAGCCCACCACGACGCCGGCCCAUACUACCCGCCGAAUGGUAACAACGAGACUCGCGGGCCCAUUCCCAACUCGUACGGACCACCGCAAGAUCCCAACGGCUAUUACCAAGCACAACCGCCGCAGGGCUGGAAUCAAGGGGGACCGCCGGGAGGCCCCUGGCCUCCGCAAGGACAACAGCCAUAUGGAUACUAUGGACCGCCUCAGCAAGGCAUGUAUUACCAACCGGGACCUCCGGUAGGAUACUACGACGACAGGAGAGGUGGUUCGGGUGCUGGAGAAGGGUGUUGCGCUGCACUGCUCGCCUCAUUGGCAUGCUGUUGUUGUCUCGAGUUGUUGUUUUGA